GUCGCGUUCUGAUUGUUUACUUUUGAUUCAAAACAUUAAAAUCUGUAAAGUUCUGUACAUUGUACCUUCUCAACAAUCAAUUAAUUUACGACAUGGCUCGCAAUAACUACGAGGAUACUUUAUCCUCCAUUUCAAGUUCUCAGAAUCUCCCGCAACGACCCAAGAGUCGAUUUCAAUCAAACCGCUCCAUCAGCUCCUCCUCAUCUUCUCGUGAACUCAAUUUGAAUUCAACAAAUACUCAACACCAUACCGUCAGCGACGACUCUCAUAACACUCUCAAUUACUUUGACCCCGAUGACUCCGCAGAGCAAUGCUUCAUGUCAACUGAAUUGGAUAUCGAAAGACUGAAGCGUAAGCAGACACAGCGUCCGGAUAUUGACAUUCGCGACACCGCAAAAAAAUACAAUCGAUGGAGCCCAAGGAGAGAGCCCGAAAUUUCAGCAAACAUUGUGGAUUUCAACAACUUUUUCGAAGACUUCACAGGAGGAUCUUCUCAAAUUAACGGAACAAAUAGCAGUUCUAGAUUGGCAGCCAAACUUCAAAGAUUAGACAGAUUGGACCAAGAUCAUACACCUUGCCGAGUUCCAAAAUCGAAAAUGUCUGAACGAUCAAAUUCAGUCUCGAAAAAUAACUCCAAAAUGAACACCAGGCCAGCACCUGAGUACGUUCAGCCUGCAAAUACACCAAGACGAGUUGUCAAGAAUCCAGUUGACGACCACGAAUUUUCCUUGGAUCUAUCACAUCCAGUCCAUAACAAGGAGAAUAUUCUACCUAAACAACGACCAUAUAUCUCAGCAAGCUCCCAGCAUGAGAAGAUUGCUCAAGCUGAUUACAACGAAAGACAAGUGCUUGCGGAGCUCGAAACGCUUAUUAAGGACCAUCCAGCAAACGCAUCUAUCAAAUCCGGCAGAUUUGCUAAAGCUGCCAGCCCAACCUUUACAAUGUCCACAACUGUUAACGGCUCAUUCGCAAUUCCGGAGGUUCAAAACAUCACCAAAUUGGUAGACAACACAUCAACUUCAUUACUUAAAAAGAUUGAGAUUCUUGAACAGCCCGCCCAUCCUAUGGGAAAAGAGGAAGUCGACAUUUAUCGCUCCAUUGACGAACUUCAACAGCAAGUGGCUAUAUUGUUGAAUGAACGCAAGGAGCGUGAUUUUGUUAUAAACUCUCUUCAGACGGAAAGAAGGGAGCGGGAUUCUAUUAUGUCCUCUCUUCAAAGAGAACUGAAUGGGAAGAGCGACCAAGAUAAUGUUAUAUCUACUCUUCGCAACGAAAAAAAGGCACAAGACGCCAUCAUAUCCACCCUUCGCAACGAAAAAAGAGCACAGGGUGAAGUCAUUUUCAACCUUGAAGACGAAAAACGUGCACACGAUGAAAUUACAACUACUCUUCGCACACAGAACAACCACAUGAACGAGACCAUCCGAGAACUCGAGCGUGAUGCCCACACACAGCGUCAAGAAAACGAGCAGAUGAUGAAGUCUAUUUCUAAUGUCGAGGCCAUGGCGAGAUCGCAUCAGACAGAGAAGAAGGCAAUGGAAAAGACCUUGGCCGAAAUCUCUUCCUCUAAUGAGGAACUCAAAGCCGAUAUUGAGAAUAUCUCAAAGCAACGGGAUAUGGUUCUUGCUCGUUACAAGAACCUUGUCGAGCGAUUCGACACUUUACAACACUCAGCAGCAGCUGAGACAUCACAACGUCCAGUAGAUGCUGAGAUAUCACAAUCUAAGGAACACCAAAACAUUGAGACAUCACCAGAUCAAUUACCUAAAACGAAUGAGGCACUAAAUGGACAGGAGAAAAAGGUUCAGCAUGAUGGGGAUGAAGAUGAGGAAGAGGAAGAUUGUGAUGAGGCUGACAUGACCAUACGUCCGACCAUGGAGCCUCAACUUGCGCUGGAGCAGAUCAUGGCAAACGUACGCAAACAAAUUGAGCAAUUAAGUGCUCAACAUGCGGCUAAAUCGGCUGAAUUACGUGCCUUGGAUAAGAGCAAAAAUCUUAGAUUGAGAAGAUCACUCGCGGAAUCCUUGAAGAUGCUUGUCGAUCAGAUUUCGUCACACAGUGAUUUUCUAUAUCGUCUGAAGGAUGUUUCGUAUGCAUUCUAAUUCGGAGGAAGAUGGGAGGAUGGAUUGAAGUGUUGGAUUAUAAUGUUUAUAAUGGAGUUGGGGGUAUCAAAUGGUAUCCGGCAUGGAACUUGGUGUUUUUCUUGUUUUUGCUCUUCUUUUGCUUGUUUUAUAUUCAAUGGAGUAAUAUGAAACAUCAUUGGGUUCUGAACGAGAGCUUUUUCUCGUCUUGUUUUUUUUGUACUUGUUGUUUUUGGACAGGAGUUUUCAAGGCAAAGGAUAAUGGAAUUGUUCUGAUUUUUUGUUUUCCAAGGAGUUGUUUUAGGAAAAUUCAGUAUCGAUACCACAUCAUGAGGGACUUGGGUUCAAAAUGGGACAAACGGAUUACAGUUAAAUUAGCAUUGUUAGUAUAGGAAUAACAAUGAACAUUAAAAUGAAUUAAUAAUCUUGCCA